GUCAAAACGGACCAAAACAGAAAAUCCGCGAAGAAGAAGAUGCGGAAGUGGAAAGGGGAGAAAUAUCCAGAAACUUAUCUAAACACACAGCUAGAAGACCAUGCUUUCCUUCACUAAGACAUCGCGUCUUUAUUCACAGAUAUGCCAGAUACGGAGCACGCAACUCAGCGCGCUGACAGCGCACAGAACCGUGGACCUUCCGAACCAGCUUAGGCGAUCGACUCCCCUUACAGGGGUCCGUCCAUUUACCAAAGACACAAUGCGUCCCAUCUGUCGACCUUCAAACAAAUGUCUUGGGAGCAGGAUUGAUGGUGGUUUGUGCAGCAGCAUCAUCCAUCUCACAUCAGCAAGGAAAUCCACCUUAGUGCAGAAAAGGGAGUUGACAGAACCUGCGUAUGAGAAGCUGGCAGAUGAGACACUGGAUAGUCUCGCUGAUUACUUUGAAGACCUGAUGGAUGAAGCUUUCACCGGACCAGAGUACGAUGUCGUCUUCUCCAGUGGGGUGCUGUCGGUGAAGGUGGGUGGGGAGCACGGCACCUACGUUAUCAACAAGCAAACACCAAACAGGCAGAUCUGGCUUUCCUCUCCUACCAGCGGACCGAAGCGCUAUGACUGGACAGGCGAACGCUGGGUUUACGUUCACGACGGUAUCAGCCUGCACCAGCUGCUUUCUAAGGAAUUCUCCAUCAUCUUCAAUAGAGAUAUAGACUUGGGUGACCUUCGGUAUUCCUGAAUCAUGUGCCGAUGAUGACCUAACUAAGAUAUGACCACACUCAGUGAUGCUCAGUAUGUAUAGUAGACAAAGGGAAAAUGAUCUCCAUGUGAUCAAUGCUCUGUCAGAUAUUUAUUCUAUAAGUGUAUUAGUGUAUUUCUUAUAGUCGCAUACAGAUUGUACAUGCAGCCAUUCUAUGGACGGAGCAGUAGGGAUUUUUACCUGCAGAUUCUCGACGUGGCCAAACGCAGUUUUUAUAUGUAGCGAGUGAAAUGAACAGUCAACACUACAGCUGAGCUCUUCUGUCUUGACAUUAAAGACAUUCGGUGUUUAAUUUAUAAUGUACCUAUAAAGAACCAAUCCCAUCAAUUAGAUUUGUGAGGUGGCACUUAGUUAUAAUGAACAAGAUAACUUUAUGGUAAGCCUCUCUGAAAAUAAUCAAAUUGAUAAUGAGGUUUGACUAAAUUUGGCAAUUUAGCUUUGUGAAAACACAAUCAAGUCAAAGGCUCAAAGUGUCUUUACUGUUACAUUUUCUAAUGCAGAAAACAAUUCUCGAAAUAGUUGAGGCCUCUAAGACAAGAGCAUGGAGUAAGGGUUUUAACAAAAUACACCUGGAUCCGUUAUCCCUUACUCUGCAUCCUGAACUCAGUCCCUUUACAUGUCGGCGUUAUUUUAUUGUAUUCGUUUUGUUCUUUGAAUAAAACCAGUGUUGCGCAAAA